AUGGAGAAAAGAGAGAUAAACAGUGCUUUUGGGGUAAAAUCCAGGUAUAGGUAUUUGGGCCCACUCAUCUACACAGAUUAUCAUAUUAGAAUCAUUCUUCUCUUAACUCAGGCUCCUGACCUUGACCUCUUUCCAAGUGCUGCAAAUGUGUCCAUAAUAGGGGCCAUCAAGUUCAGCCACAACCUUCACACUCCCAUGUACUUUUUCCUCUGUGGCCUGUCCUUUUCAGAAACCUGUACCACUGUGGUAGUCAUGCCUCGCAUGUUGGUGGACUUGCUGUCAGAGAGCAAGACCAUUUCUCUUCCUGAGUGUGCCACACGGAUGUUUUUCUUUCUGGGCUUUGCAUCCAACAACUGUUUCAUCAUGGCCGCUAUGUCCUAUGUCUGCUACACGGCCAUCCACAACCCACUGCAGUACCACCCCCUUAUGACAAGAAAGAUCUGCUUGCAGAAGAUGAUGGCUUCUUGGAUGGUUGGCUUCCUGCUUUCUCUGUGCAUCAUCAUCACUGUAUUCAACUUGUCUUUUUGCGACUUGAACACUAUCUGGCACUAUUUCUCACCAGUGGUCUCCCUUGCUUGUAAUUACACUUCCGAUUAUGAAAUGGCUAUUUUUGUACUCUCUGCCUGUGUGUUGAUGGGGAGCUUUAUUUUAAUUAUGAUUUCCUAUGUCUUCAUUGUGUUCAUAGUCACAAAGAUGCCCUCUGCAAAGAGGAGGUUUAAGGCCUUCUCAACUUGCUCCUCCCACCUCACUGUUGUGUCCAUACACUAUGGAUUUGCUUGCUUUGUCUAUUUGAGGCCCAAGAACAGCAACUCCUUCCAUGAAGACAUGCUGACGGCCGUGACAUACACAAUACUGACGCCUCUGCUUAACCCCAUCGUGUACGGUCUGAGAAACAAAGAAAUGCAGAUAGCCCUAAGAAAAACGCUAGGCAAUGUAAUUGGGGUUUUCCCUCAGAAGACAAAAAAUGAGCCCUGACCAUUUAAAAAAAUUACAUAACCUUGAUAAAUAAAGGUGGGAAAAG